AUGCCUCCCGCCCAGCGUGGUGGCUGCCUUCGUGCUCUGGGGUUCCUCUGCCUGUUUGCAGUGGUGCAAGCAAAGACCAGAACUUAUUACCUCGGGAUUGUGGAAGAGUACUGGGACUAUGCACCGUCCGGGAAAAAUCUGAUCACCGGAGAAAACCUCUUACAGGACAAGUUUGCAAGCGUGUAUGCGACAAGAGGAGCCAACCGGAUAGGACGUGUGUACAAAAAGGCUGUUUUUAGGCAAUUCACAGAUGACACUUACUCCCAGGAGAUCCCCAAAGCAGCAUGGCUGGGGUUCCUUGGGCCAGUCCUAAAGGCAGAAGAAGAGGAUGUUUUUAUCAUCCAUCUAAAAAACUUUGGCUCCCGCCCGUACUCUGUGCAUCCACAUGGGGUCUUCUAUGACAAGGACUCUGAAGGAGCACUUUACCCUGACGGAACCGGUGGUAAAAGCAAAGAGGACGACUUUGUUGUUCCCGGUGGAAAUUACACGUACACAUGGCCAGUAAGGAAAGAUUAUUCCCCAACUUUGGCAGACUCAAACUGCUUGACUUGGAUUUACCAUUCUCACAUUGACACUCCAAGAGAUAUUGCAUCUGGUUUAAUUGGGCCACUGCUGGUUUGUAAAAAAGGAACUGCAGAUGAGACCUCAAUAGAAGGGACUGGUGCUGUUAAUGCUUUUGCCCUGAUGUUUAGCAUUGUAGAUGAAAACUUCAGCUGGUACCUUGAUGAGAAUAUAAACACGUUCUGCUUAGAGCCAGCCACAGUUGACAAAGAGGAUGAAGAUUUCCAGACCAGCAACCGAAUGCAUGCUAUUAAUGGUUAUAUUUAUGGCAAUCUUCCCGUCUUGGAGAUGUGCGCUGACACUUCCAUGUCCUGGCACUUGUUUGGCAUGGGAAGCGAGAUAGAUAUCCAUGCUGCGUAUUUCUAUGGCCACACGUUCACCAGCAGAGACCAGAGGGCAGAUGUCAUUGGUCUGUUCCCAGCAACGUUCAUCACAGCGGAGAUGACUCCUGGGAACCCGGGGAGGUGGCUGAUAACGUGCCAGGUGAACGAGCACUUACGAGGUGGCAUGGAGGCACUGUACGAUGUUCAGAUCUGCCAGAAGAACCUGUCGCGGCCCUCACCACCCAGUCACAAGAGGAGAUAUUAUAUCGCUGCUGAAGAAGUGCUCUGGAAUUACGGACCUGACGGUUAUGAUAAAUUCACUGGGCAGGGUUUAAACACCACUGGCAGUGAAUCUGCAAUAUAUUUCACACAAGGGACUGACAGAAUAGGAGGGCAAUACUGGAAAGUUCGCUAUGUGGAAUAUACUGAUGCAACAUUCAGUAAGAAGAUUUGGUCAGAGGACAUGAAGCACCUGGGAAUACUUGGCCCUGUUAUAAAAGCUGAAGUGGGAGACACAGUGCUGGUUACUUUUGCCAACAAAGCCAGAAGAAGCUACAGCAUUAUGGCCCAUGGUGUAAGCUUCAGCAAGCUGUCAGAAGGAGCUCCAUACAUAGAUGGCUAUAUGAAGCCAGGAGCCCACGUUAAGCCAGGUGAAACCUUCACAUACAAAUGGAGGGUGCCUGAAAAUGGAGGUCCAACAGAAAGUGACCCUCCAUGCCUCACCUAUCUGUACUACUCAGCAACUGAUGCCGUCAAAGACACCAACUCUGGCCUUGUGGGGCCUUUGCUGGUCUGUCGGAAGAAUACACUGAAUCCCGACGGGACACAGAAAGGAAUAGACAGAGAAUUUUACCUCCUCUUUUCAAUCUUUGAUGAGAAUGACAGCUGGUAUCUGCACAAGAAUAUUGAAACAUUUACUGGAGACCCUUCAAGAGUAGAUGAAAAUGAUGAAGAUUUCAAGGAAUCCAACAAAAUGCAUGCUGUCAAUGGCUACUUGUUUGGUAACCUGCCAGGCCUGACCAUGUGCAAGGAUGACAAGGUCUCCUGGCACCUCAUCGGGCUGGGCAGCCACUACGACAUGCACGGGGUUCAGUUUCAAGGAAACACCAUUGACCUGAGGGGUACGACGAGGGACGGUCUGGCCUUGUUUCCUCAUUUAUCAUGGACAGCGCUGAUGCAGCCGGACCGUGUGGGCACAUUCAAAGUGGUUUGCAGGACUUUUGAUCACUUUGUUGGUGGGAUGAAACAUCUCUACGAGGUCAGCAGCUGCCGUAACACCACCCGAGCCCGGCAGCAGAGCGGAACCAUAAGGCUCUACUACAUUGCUGCGGAGGAGGUGGAGUGGGACUAUGCUUCAAACAAGAGCUCAGUACCGAACAUUUACAACAUCAGCAGCAACGAGGAAAGCUAUGGGCAUAUUUUCUUGAAUCAAGCAGAAGAUCAGAUUGGUUCAAAAUACAAGAAGGUGGUUUACAGGGAGUACACAAACGGCAACUUCACACAGCGUAAAGUGAGGACAGAGGAGGAGGAACACUUGGAAAUCCUGGGGCCGUUACUCCAUGCUGAGGUUGGUGACUCUGUACUGGUUGUGUUUAAGAACAAGGCCAGCAGGCCUUAUUCGGUAACCGCACAUGGAAUAGAAGAGGUGGGCUGUGAAGAGCAACCCGAGACACCAAUUACACUCCCUGGGGAAAUAAACACCUACAGAUGGAAUGUCCCAGAACGAUCUGGCCCUGGUAAAACAGAUCCAAACUGCAUUACUUGGGUUUAUUAUUCAACAGCGAAUUUUGUGAAGGACACAUACAGUGGUCUGAUUGGACCUCUUGUAGUUUGCAGAAGAGGAGUUCUAGAUGAAAGAGGUCAAAGGAAAGACAUUGAUCGUGAAUUUACUCUUCUGUUUAUGGUGUUUGAUGAAAAUGAAUCCUGGUAUUUGAAAGACAAUAUUGAAACAUACCUUCAUAAGAAUCCUGAUGAUUUUAAUGCCACUAAGAACUUUGUAGAAGGCAACAGCAAGCAUGCCAUCAAUGGGAAGAUUUAUAACAGUCUUCUGGGUCUAACAAUGAACAAAGGUGACAGGACAAACUGGUAUUUGAUAGGAAUGGGUGAUGAAGUGGACAUACAUACCGUUCACUUCCAUGCACAGACCUUCAUCUUCAAGACAGAUAAGGACCACAGAGGAGAUGUAUACGACCUUUUUCCUGGGACUUUCCAGACAAUUGAUCUUGUAGCAGAAAACCCUGGAACGUGGCUUCUGCACUGCCAUGUAGCCGAUCACAUCCACGCUGGCAUGGAGACAACCUACACCAUCAAUAAAUCAGAGAGGAAGGCUCCUUCAGCAGAACUCACAACCAGAGCAUACAAUGCAACUACUGCAAAAAACACCACCACUGCCGAAGCAGAUUAUGACAGCAAAGGGGGCAUUUUUUUUGGCAAAACUUUGAGUCCUGGAGAAACCAGCCUGAUCCUUGCAGCCUUUUUCUUCAUUGGACUUAUUCUGCUGUCAACAGCAUUAACUGUCUUCUGCCUCAUCAGCCGCCAAGGAAGCAGGAUCCAUUACACAGCUCUGCAUGACAAAAGUGCAUUUCUAACAGAUUCCCUGUAAAUCCCCACUUUUAGCAUCACUCACAGAGCCACACUGGAUUUCAUGACAUGCUGCUAAUAACACUGAGCAAGACACAUGCUGAUAGUCCUACCCCAUCACCAGUGCUCUUAAGAGUGAACAUGAGGGUUCAGCUCCAAGGCUCAUGUACCACCUAUCACCAUUCCACUCCUCUGGAGCUCAGUUGAGCUUUGCCCAAGAUCAGAUUUGGCAACCAAGCAGAGCAGCACGACUCAUGGCAUCCACAUCAGCUGCACAGGAUUUCCACGGGAGUCAGGCUUGGGCAGCACAGGAUCCAUGUGCUCUGUGCAGAAACACGGGGCUCACACUAGGGAAUAAAUACUGUUUUAAGUGUGCUGGCUUCUGACAGAGCAGCCAUGGUGUUAAUCCAGAAGGGCCAGCGGAUUCCCAAAGUCUCGUUCAAUGAAUUCACUGAGAUUUAAGCGAUUCUCCUUUAUUUCCCCUCUAAAGAAGGAAACUGUGCACUGCGGACAGAUUUUUAAAGGCAUUUAGGGACCUACCAAUAUAUUUUCACACCCGAUGCAGUUCAGCAGUGCCCCUGCUAUUUGUUUCUAACAGCAUUUGUUAAUGCCUUUAAAGAUCUAGCCCUAAGAACCCCCUGAAAAAGUAGUUGACUUUGUAAUUGCUGCUCAUUGUGGUCCUGAUUCUGCACCUCUUCUUUGCAUUGAGUAGCUCCUCACUCCCCACCUGCAAUGAAGCCAUCAGGAGGCUGACCUUUGCGCUCUGUGAGGAAGACAGGCAAACCCAGGCCAUGUUUCGUGAUACUUGAAUGUUUAUAGCUCAUUUUUAGUUAGAUAGUGCUCAUCCUUG